AAUUGUCAAGCUGUGAUGCCUUUCCAAGCUCUUCAUUUCACCAAGAACUACCGGUCCGGAAUCCAGACCGGUUCCAACCCUCUCUCCCCAAAACCCUAACUCGAAGCAUCAGCGUUUAAUUUCGUCAACCCACAGUCACCCUGCGCAGCGAUCGCCCAGUUUCUUCCCAUGGCCAUAGUGGCUGCUCUGAGAAACCAUAGUUCAAGGCGGCUUCCACGCUUCACCUUCUCCUCACCUCUCCCAACUUCAUGCCUCCGCGCGGACUCCCAAUGUGUGCUCAGCCCCACCAGUGGAAACGACACCGCGGUGGCGCUUUGGUGGAGGAGGUCUAUGGCCACCUUCACCCGAACGAAACCUCAUGUCAAUGUUGGUACAAUUGGGCAUGUUGAUCAUGGGAAAACCACUCUCACAGCAGCAAUUACAAAGGUUCUUUCUGAAGAGGGAAAAGCUAAAGCAAUUGCUUUUGAUGAGAUUGACAAAGCCCCUGAGGAGAAAGCUAGAGGAAUUACCAUUGCAACGGCACAUGUAGAAUAUGAAACUGCAAAACGACAUUAUGCGCAUGUUGAUUGUCCCGGACAUGCAGACUAUGUUAAGAAUAUGAUCACUGGAGCUGCUCAGAUGGAUGGUGGUAUCCUUGUUGUAUCAGCACCUGAUGGGCCAAUGCCUCAAACGAAGGAGCAUAUUCUUCUUGCUCGCCAAGUGGGUGUGCCAUCACUUGUAUGCUUUUUAAAUAAGGUUGAUGCUGUAGAUGAUCCUGAAUUAUUGGAGCUUGUAGAAAUGGAGCUUCGAGAGCUCCUUAGUUUUUACAAGUUCCCUGGGGAUGAGAUUCCUAUCAUUCAAGGCUCAGCAUUGUCCGCUUUAGAAGGAAGAAAUGAAGAAAUAGGAAAGCAAGCUAUUUUAAAAUUAAUGGAUGCAGUGGAUUCAUAUAUACCAGAUCCAAUACGUCAGCUUGACAAAUCCUUCCUCAUGCCUAUUGAAGAUGUAUUUUCAAUACAGGGACGUGGAACUGUUGUUACUGGACGGGUUGAGCAAGGAACAAUUAAAACUGGAGAAGAUGUUGAAAUUUUAGGAUUAAUGCAGGGUGGACCUUUGAAAACUACUGUCACUGGUGUUGAGAUGUUUAAGAAGAUCUUGGAUCAUGGACAAGCUGGUGACAAUGUUGGCCUUUUACUACGUGGGUUAAAACGUGGUGAUGUGCAAAGAGGACAGAUAGUUUGCAAGCCUGGUACAAUAAAGACAUAUACGAAAUUUGAAGGAGAGAUUUAUGUAUUGACAAAAGAUGAAGGUGGUCGUCACACAGCUUUCAUCUCAAAAUACAGUCCCCAGUUCUACCUGAGAACUGCAGAUAUUACUGGCAGAGUUUUGCUUCCUGAUCAUAUAAAGAUGGUGAUGCCUGGAGAUAAUGUCUCAGCUACUUUUGAGUUGAUAUCUCCUGUUCCCCUUGAACCAGGGCAAAGAUUUGCGCUUCGAGAAGGUGGGAGAACGGUCGGUGCGGGAGUUGUGUCGAAAGUGAUCAGCUGAGGUUUCUUCCCACUUCACUAUAUACCUAGCUAUUUGCCUCAGAUACCGGAACAAAUUAUUUCGCCACAUAGCUUGUUUUUUAUAUUUCAAUUGGUUUGCUUUCCUUCUGAAAGCAUUCGGUGAUGUGGCUACAUGAAAUUUUUGGGCGUCUGAAACGCCAACGAAUCAUUCAUGUUAUGCCAUCAUGAAUAAUUAACCAAAUGUUGUGAGCAAAUUGGACAAACCAUGUGAAAAUCCUAUACAUGGUUUGAUCACUAACUGAUACGAUUUAAGUUGUCAUUUA